AUGGAAAGUGGACAUCAUUACCCUGGCGGCGAUGUUUCAGCUGUCAAUGAUAUCGAAGGCAUUCUUAACCUUCAUCCCACCGUCAACAAGUUUGCCACAUUCAAGCCAACAGUAGUCAGCAAGAAAGACAAAGAGCAUUGGAAGAAGAAUGAGCGUUGCAAGACUGCAUGUGAACUAAAGAAUGACUUUAGCGAUGUGAAGCCAACUACUUUGACAGAGAGAGGUGCAUUGUUUGAGGCACAGAGAUGUUUGAAGUGCGCUGAUGCACCUUGCCAAAAGUCUUGCCCAACACAACUUGAUGUAAAGUCAUUCAUCUCUUCAAUCGCCACAAAGAACUAUUACGGCGCUGCCAAGGCUAUCUUCUCAGACAACCCCGUUGGUCUGACCUGUGGUAUGGUGUGUCCCGUGUCCAACCUAUGUGAGGGUGGCUGCAACCUGGCCUCGACCGAGGAGGGCGCCAUCAAGAUCGGUGGCCUGCAACAGUACGCCACAGACGUCUUCAAGAAGAUGAACAUCCCCCAGAUCCGCGACCCAUCGCUUACACCACUGGACCAGCUGCCAGAGAGCUACCGUGCCAAGAUCGCCCUAAUUGGAUGUGGCCCCACAUCCAUCUCUUGUGGCACCUUCCUUGCGCGUCUGGGCUACACCGACGUCACAAUCUUUGAGAAGGAGGAGUAUGUUGGCGGUCUGAGCUCUGCUGAGAUCCCCCAGUACCGUCUGCCAUUCGACGUCGUCGAGUUUGAGGUCAAGCUCAUGAAGGACCUGGGCGUCAAGGUGGUCUAUGGCAAGAAGCUGGGCGACAAUGGCUUCACUGUAGAGUCACUCAAGGCUCAGGGCUACGAAGCCGUGUACCUUGGUAUUGGUAUGCCCGAGGCCAAGAUUGACAAGGUCUUCCAAGGCCUCACUGUUGCUGAGGGCUUCUACACAUCCAAGGACUACCUGCCACUGGUGUCCAAGGGAUCAAAGCCAGGCAUGUGUGGAUGCUCGAGCAAGCUGCCAGAGCUGCGCGGCCGUGUUGUCGUGCUGGGUGCUGGAGAUACCGCCUUUGAUUGUGCCACCUCGGCCUUCCGUUGUGGUGCCUCCCGUGUCACAGUCUGCUUCCGUCGUGGUUUCAGCGACAUGCGUGCCGUUCCCGAAGAGGUUGAUAUUGCCAAGGAUGAGCGUUGCGAGUUCCUUCCAUUUGUGUUGCCCAAACAGGUGAUUCGUCGCGAGGGAAAGAUCGUCGCACUCGAGUUCUACAAGACAGAGAAGGGCGAGGAUGGCCAGUACGCCGUCGAUGAGGACCAGUUCUUCCGUGUCAAGUGUGACUACAUCAUCUCUGCCUUUGGUAGUCAGAUUGGUGAGGUAGCAGAAUCAUGCAAGCCAUUGAAGUUUACCAGACACGGUUUGGCUGACGUCGACCAAAUGACCAUGCAGGCCACCAACCAGGAAUGGUUGUUCUGUGGUGGUGAUCUCAUUGGCAACGGUACCACAGUCGAGGCUGUCAACGAUGGAAAGACUGCAUCAUGGAACAUCCACAAGUACCUACAGUCGCUUCAUGGUAUCCCCAUCCCAGACUCUCCCCAGCUUCCAAACUUCUUCACACCAAUCGACUUGGUUGACAUUAGCAUCGACUUUUGUGGCCUCAAGUUUGAGAACCCGUUCGGUCUGGCCUCCGCCACACCCUGCACGUCCGCCUCGAUGAUCCGUCGUUCAUUCGAGCAAGGCUGGGGCUUCGCCGUCACAAAGACCUUCUCAUUGGACAAGGAUCUCGUCACCAAUGUGUCUCCACGUAUUGUUCGUGGUACAACCAGCGGUCAUCACUUUGGCCCUGGCCAAGGCGCCUUCCUCAACAUCGAGCUUAUCAGUGAGAAGACUUGCCACUACUGGUGCAAGGCCGUCACAGAGCUGAAGCGCGACUUCCCCAGCAAGAUAGUGAUCGCAUCGAUCAUGUGUGGAUUCAACAAGGAUGACUGGCAAGAGUUGGCCAAGAUGGCCGAGGCCAGCGGUGCCGACGCCCUCGAGCUCAACCUCUCCUGUCCACACGGUAUGGGUGAGCGUGGUAUGGGUCUUGCCUGUGGCCAGAACCCAGACCUGGUGCUGCACAUCUGUAAGUGGGUGCGCGAGGCAAUCAAGAUCCCAUUCUUUGCCAAGUUGACACCAAACGUCACUGAGGUCAAGGAGAUUGCCAUGGCCGCCCACACUGGUGGUGCCUCUGGUGUCACCGCCAUCAACACAGUCUCUGGCCUGAUGAGCUUGAAGGGUGAUUCCAACGCCUGGCCCGCCAUCGGUUCCGAGAAGAGGACCACCUACGGAGGUGUCAGUGGUAACGCCACCCGUCCAAUGGCCCUUCGUGCUGUCAGUUCGAUCCGUCGUGCGCUUCCCGACUUCCCAAUCAUGGCCACAGGUGGUGCUGACUCUGCUGACACCUGUAUCCAGUUCCUUCACUGUGGUGCUGGUGUAAUCCAGAUCUGUUCAGCCGUCCAGAAUCAGGACUUCACCGUCGUCCAAGACUACAUCACUGGUCUCAAGACCUACCUGUACAUGCAAUCGAGAGAGGAUCUGCUCCAGUGGGACGGCCAAUCGCCACCCCUGUCACUCACCUCAUGGGCCUCGCGCAAGAAGUAUAACAACCUGCCACGCUUUGGUAACUACCAGAAGGAGAGAAACCAACAAGAGUUCGCUGAGAAUCAGACUCUGGACCUGCAGGCCAAGCCCGUUGUCCCCGAGGCUGCACCACAGACCAAGCCUGUGCCAUCAGUGCAUGACCAAGUCAACAGAGCCAUCCCAAGAAUCGGUGUCUACAAUGACCUUAACAACAAGGAACAAGUCGUGGCCCUUAUCGAUGAAGACCUGUGUAUCAACUGUGGCAAGUGCUACAUGACAUGUAACGACAGUGGAUACACUGCCAUUAAGUUCGAUGCCAAGACACAUAUCCCCAAUGUCACCGACAACUGCACUGGAUGUAACUUGUGUCUCUCUGUAUGUCCUAUUAUCGACUGUAUUACCAUGGUACCCAGGAAGAUCCCUUAUAUUCCCCAGCGUGGAUUGGUACCAGCUUAA